AUGUUCACCCUUUCUCUGAAGAGGGCCCUCACGGCCCUGGUUGCUAUGAGCACCCUGACAGAUGCCCGGCCGCCGUGUCCACCGAGAGACAACCAGGAAUGGGUCACCGUCUGGGGUGCCAUGCCCCAGCUGACCGAGCCGCAGACCUGCCGCCCGCCCCAUUCCAUCUACCUCGCCGCCGGCCAGACGACCAACGCCAUCACGUCACACCCGGGCAGUCGCACGUCGUCCUGGCUCGCGCACGGCAACCACGUUUCGGACGCGGAGCUGCCGUCACCUGUCCGUACCGACCACUGGUUCCUCAUCUCGGCGCUCGAGGCGCGCCUCUACAAGGGGGCCUCGACGUUCGCCAUUGUCGGCGACUCGCUCACCGACGGCCGCGGCUCGACGACAAACGCCAACAACCGCUGGCCCGACCGCCUGCUGGCGCGCCUCCAGCUCGACCCGGCCACGAGCCAGGUCGCCAUCCUCAACCAGGCCGCCGGCGGCAACCGCGUGCUCAACGACGGCCUCGGCCCUGCGGCCCUCGGGCGCAUCGACCGCGACGUCCUCGCCCACAGCGGCGUGCGCUACGCCCUCCUCUUCAUCGGCAUCAACGACAUUGGCACGACGGCCUCACGAGGCGGCCCUGACCCUCACGGCCGGCCGCCUCGAGCAGGCCUACGCCCAGAUGGCGUACCGCAUCCGCCGAAAGGGCAUCACCGUCUGGGGCGCCACGCUGACGCCCAUGACGGGCGAGGGUCAGGCGUACGGGACGCCCGAGCGCGAGGCCGCGCGCCAGGCGUCAACGCCUGGAUCCGCACCAGCGGCGUCUUUGAUGCCGUCGUCGACUUUGACGAGAUGGUCCGCGACCCGUCGGCGCCCGACCAGCUGGCGGCGGCGUAUGACGAGGGUGACCACCUCCACUUGAACCCGGCUGGCUAUCAGGCCAUGGCGGACGGGUUCGAUCUCGCUCUGCUCGCGGCGGCUUCGGCGGUACGAGUCAAGGUCAGGACGAAGGUCUGCAUACGCUUUGAUUCUUGCACAUCCUAUGCUCAUGUCCUCUCGCUCCGAACGGCAGUCGCCAUGAUGCGAAGCGCGCCACUUUAUCAUUACGUCGCAGAGCCACUUGCUUGA